UCUUCUACCACAUGGGUUUGUUUACGUUUGCUGAGAUCGCUGAUUUAUUAUUAAAUAUUGUAUUUUUUGCUGUUCAAAAAUGAAAAAUAAGGGCCAAGGAAAGGUUUUUCGGCCUAAGAAGGCUAUCAAUAAGAAGAACAAAGUUGAAUUGGUAUUCGAUCACGAAAAGAGAAGGGAUUUUCUUAGUGGCUUCCACAAACGAAAAAUGGCACGCAAGAAAAGGGCGCAGGAAGAACUGGAGGCCGAGAUGAAGGCAGAAAAGAAGAGAAUCAAGGACGAGGCUAAAAAUCUGCACAACACCAUGGUUGUUUCCUACAGGCCCAUUCCUGAAGUUGAGGAGCUUUUGGGAAAAGAGGAGACUUAUGAUCUUGAGCAACACUCUGUUAGUAUUAAGGAGCUUUCCACGGCCAGUAUGGCAGAGGACAAUUUUUGGAUUGGAGAAAAUCGAACGAAAUAUGAGGAAGACGACGGUCAAGGGGAAGGAUCUUCAGAAAAGCCCCGAAAUAAGGACAUCAAGAGUGGCAAGGAUAUUAAAAAGGCAGUGAAAAAGAUGGCUACAAAGCAGAUGCAGAAAAGCAAGGCAUUCCAGAAAAAAGGAAAGCUUGAGCAGACGAAGCAAAAGAAAAAGGCAAGUGUUGUUCGCAAGCUGAAGGCAAGGAAGAAUCUUCAGGCUAAGCAGAGAGGCAACCGUCAUGGAGGCAGAAGCAAAUGAAUGAAUGAAUAAACAAUUAUUUUCUCUUUAAAA